AUGAUCUUAGAUCCGUCGCAGGCUACUUCAGACACCACGAACGUCCCACCGAGGGGCAAUGUACCUGGCAUAUUGAACGCCGACGCGCUGCGGGAACUUUUCCCUUCUUCUCCCAUCAAGCAGAAAAAACGUGCCAGACCAGUCGACUCGAAACUGAACUCCACCAACAACUCUAGCCACCGCCGCCAAUUUCUGCAAAAACCUACAAACGAACGCAUUACAUCUUCAUACAAGGAGCGCGCAUGGUUUCAGCAAAAGAUUCCCAACAGCACCCUCGUCCAUCACGAUCUACGCUACCAUACGUUUCGCGCCGCGUUAGACGCGGCCAUCGCCACCGCUGCCGUUGGCGAGCAUGUCCGAUGGAUACGAAACAAUGUCCCGCUACGUUCGAUGCCGAAAGCUACCUUAUCCAAUCACACCAAGAUUUCGUCCUUCAUCGAUGUCCUCCGCCGCAUCCUUCAUGCACGGCUUCACGCAGCCUUUUUCCUUUGGCACGACGAAGUCCAAAGCGACAAGCAUUCUGCCGCCGUCGCCCAAUUCGUCCGAAGUGAGGCCGUGCAGUCCCUCCAGGAUAUUUGGGAGCAUGCAUGGCAACGCAAGCGGGAUCUGUCCUUCACGAAAUGGCGGCUUGAAGUCGCGUUCUGCCGCGACGAAGAAGGACAUGCCGCUGCAGCCAACAUCCAGCGCUGCGUCCGCCGGUUCCAAUGCCGCCAUGUACUCUUCAAUAUGCGACGAACACGAGCCGCCAUCCAAUUGCAGUCCAAUUACCGCCGCCAUACCACAUCCAAAGCCUUUCGCCGGUCGAUGCAUGCAGAAUCCGUCCGUCGUGCGGUCACCGUCAUCCAGGCAGCCUACCGUCGCAAGCGGUCACGACGCACAUUUCUCAACGCCCUUCUUGUGUAUGUUCAAACGCAAGCUGCAGUGGUUCUACAGAGGUGGAUGCGAAAUACCAUCUACCGCUCGCAGUGGCUGCGGCGACGAGGCGCCAAAGUCCUGGCCUGGGAGGCUGCCACAUGUAUCCAGCGAACUGUACGGGCGUUUCUGGCUCGUCGAUGGUUCCAUCGCAUCCGACUGUAUAAACGUGUGGCCACCAUUCAACGUGCGUGGCGUCGGAGUUGGCGCCUUGCCCAAGGCCCGCUGCAAGCCUCGAUCGCUGUCCAUUUGGAGUUCAUUCGAUUCGGCAUACAAACCUGCCAUGCUACAGUGCUCCAGGCGUCCAUCCGAGGGUUUCUAGGACGAAGAUACGCUGCCAAGAGUCAACUUAUGAAACAAAGCGCGCGAUGCCUGCAGAAAGUGUGGCGGGAAUAUGUAGCGAGGCAGCGUCGAUCCAAGGCACGACAAGAGCGGCGGUUUCGCCGCAUGCUAGCCGCCCACUGCAUUCAAGCCACUUAUAAGGGAUAUCGUGAACGAGUGCUGUUUCGACUGGCCUUGUCCACGUCGUGCGUUGCCAUGUACCUCCGAGCGUCUCGCCUCGAGUCCAUGGCGUCCCAACUGGCAUUCCGCGAGCAUUUCCACGGUGCUAUCGCGAACAGCGCGUCCAGUGCGAUUGCUACGACUUGGCGACGGCAUAGGCUGCGAAAGGUGGCCCGACUUGAGGCGUUGAGUGCUGCGGCGGUCGUCGUGCAGACGAUCUAUCGCAGCCAACGAACCCAGCGCUGGUUCCGCAAAUAUGUGGCCAGUGUCCACCGGAGCGCCACGUCCAUCCAGCGCAUGGUGCGGUCUCGGUUGGCCAGAAACCACGCGAAGACUCACGUGGCCGCGAUGAAGAAGGUUGUGGAAGAGGCUAAGGCAGCGCGGUGGAGCCAAGCGGCGCUGCGGGUGCAGGUGGCGUGGAGAAAGAAGAAGGGGCGAAUGUCUUUGCACCUUCGUCGACGAGCGCAGGAAGCAGAGGCGGCGCGACGGAUGGCCAGUGCCAAAAGGAUUCAGCGAUUCCUGCGGCACACCCGACAACGAAGACAGAAUCAACGGAGUAUGGUGGUCGCCAUGGUUCAGAUUACGCAGAAAGUGGCAGCGAGACAUGCUGCCGCCAAGCGCAUCCAGCAUAAGUUCCGAGCGUACAGAGCUACUCGCCUCGGCAAGGCCAUGUUGGCGACGUUAAAGCUAAGCCGAAGGAAGCGGGAGAGACGACAGGCCAAACAAAAGAUCAUUGCAGAGUACUUAGUGGAUUCAGCGGCAGCGCGAGAGCAAGAGCAUGCACUGAUGGUAAAAGUCACGUCGAAUCAUAAUGCAGUGCAAGGCGAGAAGGACCGGAAGACUGCUGAGGCCGCGGCGGCCAAAGCGGAACGUCGGCGCUUGGCACUCUUGGCCGCGGAGACAACUGUGCGCCACCCACCACAGACACCACUCAAGAACAAGACAGCGGGCAAGAAAGGCAAAGGCGAAUGGGUCGAAGCUUGGGAUGAUGCGACCAAUCGAAAAUAUGUGUACAACACCAAGACUGGGGAAAGCAAGUGGUCGCAGCAGCUACCCGGUGUAUGGGAAAAAAUAAUUGACAAUUAAAUACAGAAAAU